AAACCACUAACUUUUCAGCGACUCCGGCACCAGGAUGGGAGUGACGAAAGAAAUCUUGCGCGAAGGCAAUGGCCAGAAACCCACCAAGGGCGCCCAGGUGACGGUCCACUGCACAGGUUACGGCAAAGACCGUGACUUGAGCAAGAAGUUUUGGAGCACCAAGGACCCUGGUCAGCAAGAGUUUGCGUUUCAAGUUGGGUUGGGGCAGGUGAUCAAAGGGUGGGAUGAAGGCGUUUUGUCCAUGAGCUUGGGGGAGUCUGCCAAACUGACGUGCUCGCCUGACUACGCGUACGGGGCCCGCGGGUUUCCUGCGUGGGGCAUCCAGCCCGACUCUGUCCUCGUUUUUGAGAUCGAAGUCCUCAAGAUCGAAUAAGUCCACGACGAAGAACAGACGUAAUUGAAUCGUGUCCUGCUUCUUGUCUUGGCCCCGUCCGUGGCG